AUACUCUGUUCUUCGUGUUUUCUAAUAAUUUUCUAUUGUUAUGUUAUGCCAAUAAAAUUAUGUUUUUGAACCAUUUCAUGUAAUUUCGCCAGCAUAUUGUUAACGGGGUUCUGUGCAGUUGCAUAGUAUUAGAGGGUUAAAUAUGAAACCUGAACGGAACCCAAUCCUCUGGAAGUACUACGAUUACUCUUCAAAUACUAUCUUGACCGCAUCCUGUCUUAACACUUCGAUUCUACCUUGAACACCCUCCCUCUAUCAUUUCGUACUUUUUCGGGACAAGCUGCGCGUGGUUGCCUCUCGAUUUCCUCGGGUUCAGGCACAGAUGCACUGGCGGUGGUCGAAGAGUGGGGGCGGUGCGAUGGUGGAGGCACUCGCACAGUCUGGGGCCCACUUGUUCGCCGAUCGUCUUGUCACUCGAAAGCGCGUUGCCAUUCCGGCAACAUCGGCUUCGCUGUUGUCCCUCGUUUGAUCCUCGUGCUCUUCCAUUGUAUCGGUACUUCGUAAUUUUCCCGCGAACCCCAUUCAAAUCGUAUUGAGCACUCGACAUCACGUGAAAGUGUGGAAUAAGUGACUUCGUACAUAUAGGUGCAUCCUAAAAGUGAUAAAGUAGGAAGAAUGCUUUAAAAAGAACUCAAAAAACUACCAUACAUUAUUUUACAUUGCUUAUUUGCAAAAUUUAAUAAAUAUUAAGUAGGGAAAAUGACCACGGAAACGUUUUCAAGAGAGUUAGACGGUCACAUCGUGACCUUGCUUACGAGGAUUUCUUCCCUGAAGGAAAAUAACAUGGAACUAACAGAAAAGAAAGCGCCUAUGUCGAUAGAGGCUCGCAGUUUGGAACUCUGGAGAGCAGUAGCUGUGGAGUGUUUCGCUACCUUUCUCUUCAGUCUCGUUGUAUCCGGCGCAGCCGCAUCCUCCGCAGUUUCCGGAAGCGGACUCUCUGUCUUAGCUACCGCUGUAGCAUCCGGUUUUGCAAUUUCGGCAAUCUGCUUCAUCUUUGGUCAUAUCAGUGGUGGCCACGUGAAUCCAGCAGUCUCGCUAUCUUUCGCUUUGUGUCGACGAAUCUCCUUCCUCCGAGCUGCUCUGUACAUCGCCGCACAAUGUGGAGGCGGUAUAGCCGGAGCUGCGAUGCUGUAUGGAGUGACUACACCUUCCAAUACGCAGACCUUAACUUCCGUAGGUCGUCUCGGAGGACCAAUCGAGAGGCUCUUGGUAGAAUUAGCACUUUCUGUGCUGAUCGUCCUAUCUCAUUUUACCUCAGAAUGCUCAAAAAUACUACCAAUGUCAGUUUCUUCGAAACCAGCUGGCGUAUUAGCUGCAGCUUACACGGCAGCCACUUUGGUUUCGAGUCCAUUCUUAAAUCCCGCACGCGCACUUGGACCAGCAUUCGUCACCAAUCGUUGGGACAACCAUUGGGUGUACUGGGUAGGUCCACUGUCCGGAAGCGCAGUGGCAGCCCUUCUUCACGAGUACGUUCUAAAUCCCAAACGAUCUAGAGAUCCACGGGAUAUGGACGACGGUGACAAUUCAUCAAUGAGAUCCGACGAGGAUACCUACGACGAUCUGGACAAACCAACGGGUCCCAAAUUCCCCAACGCCUAUGCAACCUAUCGUCCAGUUGCUGGAGCAUCUUCCUCGAUCUAUAGUACGCCUCCGACAGCCUUAGAACGUGUUGAAUCCAUUUACGGGGGAACCAAAUCGCUCUACUGUAAGUCCCCACCCUUAACUAGGGCAAAUUUAAAUCGUUCGCAAAGUGUAUACGCUAAGUCAACUUCCGGAACCCGAGACGGCCUAAUGAUCCCCAAACCGGGUCCUCUAGCCCCCGCACAAAGUCUAUACCCGAUUAGAAUAGGUCAAAUAGGUUCAAAUUCAGGAAGAGACAGUCAACAGCAAAAUGGAUCAAAUGGUCAGAAUCAAAAUUCUCAAAAUCAUAACAGUACCAACCAAAAUAUGCAGAAUCAACUGCAACAGUGCACGCAGAGCAUUUAUGGAAUCAGAGGAAUUUCCACAAGCCUCAGUACAAGGGAGAAUGGUAUCUAUGGUGUAUCUACGGGGUCCAGCAUAUAUGGCCGGGCUCCAGCUCCUCCUCCGAGUAGUCAGAAUUCUCAACAGUCAGGUCCAAAUGUCCAAUCUUCCACUCAAAAUCAUCAUCAGCCACAGCAGCAGCAGCAGCAGCAGCAACAACAACAGCAACAUCAGAAUGGAACGAUAUCCACCUGCUCUGAUAACGCAGCAAACUCUAGAAGACCGGAAAGCAUGUACGGGCAUAUUUCUAGACGCAGUGACGAUUCUGCGUAUGGCAGUUAUCAAGGUUCGACGCGAGGCAAUUACGGAAAGGUACCUGGACCUCCUGGAACAACGGGUCCUCCUAACGGACCACCUGGUCCUCCUCAGUACCGCGAACAAGGAAGACCCAGUCCAGCUGGGCCAUUGCAACAGAACCAGCAAAAUAAUUUUCAGAGGAAUUCGCCAAAUCCUCAAUAUUGACUAUAAAUUUCAUGGAUUUGGUGAUCAUUCUUUAUAAGACUGCUACAUGAUUGGCUAAAUGAUUGUUAGCAGCUUCAGAAAGACGUAUAGUGAUUGUCAAAAGAAUGGAGAAGUUCGUUGGACAAUAAAA